AUGGGUGAAUUUUAUAAGACACUACUAUUAAUCCACGCCGUUGGAUUGCUUUCGAGUUUUGCUGGUGCGCAAUUGAUGUGCUUCCAUUGCGAGGAUUGUGAAAAUCUGCCGACGCAUGUGGUGCAGUGCGGACCUAAUCAACCUUUGCUCCCAUAUCCCGAGCCAGAGAUCACAACGAUAGUGCCGCCGACACUGCCAACGGUUGUGCCAGAUACCACCACUCCUCCAACUAUUCCAACGAUUGAGCCAGAUACCUCCACUAUUGUACCUCCUACAAUCCCUACUGUUGAACCAACGGAGACUACAACUAUAACCCCUCCGACACCUCCAACGGUUGAACCACCAGAAACUACAACACUUGUUCCUCCUACAAUUCCUACUAUUGAACCAACGGAGACUACAACUAUAACCCCUCCGACACCUCCAACGGUUGAACCGGCGGAGACUACAACUAUAACUCCUCCGACUCCUCCAACGGUAGAACCGACGGAGACUACAACUAUAACUCCUCCGACACCUCCAACGGUUGAACCGGCGGAGACUACAACUAUAACUCCUCCGACUCCUCCAACGGUUGAGCCAGACACCACCACCGUUAGUACAACGCCAGGUGAACCGAUCCUAACUCCUCCGACUCAUCCCACGUUCACGCCGAUGCCGCAAUCCACCACUCCCGGUGCUCCAAUAUUGACGCCACCAACUCAUCCAACUCCACUGCCGGGAGUUUCAACUCCAGCGCCGGGUUCCUUCGGACUAGCGAUUCCCAUCCCUCCAAACCCCUCACAGUACGCUUGCCUUUCCGUGCGACGCCAAGAAAACAACCGAUUGAUUGUCAGCCGAGGUUGUGCACCACUGAUGACCAGUGUACCGGAGACAUGCCAGUAUGUCACCAACGGUGGACACAACAGCUGCUCCGUUUGUCUUGGUUCACUUUGCAACGGUUUCAACUGA